AUGACCUCUCACGCCCAAAAACUACACAACGACUACCCAUGGAUAACCCCCAACACCCCCCUCAUAUCCUCCGCCCCAAUGCGCUUAAUCUCCGUCCCAUCACUCCCCCUCGCCGUCUCCCGCGCCGGCGGCCUAGGUUUCAUAGCAGCAGGAACAGACGCCUCAUCCCUCCCUACCGAACUCGACGACAUAAACACCUCCCUCCUCCACCACCCCAUCCCCCUCACACCCCCCGGCCUCCUCCCCAUCGGAAUAGGCUUCAUCCUCUGGGGUUCCUCACUCCCCUCCACCCUCUCAACCCUGCACUCCACCCCCCUCAAGCCCGCCGCAAUAUGGCUCUUCGCCCCCCACCAAACCACCGACCUCGCUCUCUGGACCUCCUCCAUCCGAGCCGCCUCUCCCCUUACAAAAAUCUGGAUCCAAACCGGCACCGUGGCCGAAACGCUGCAAGUAGCCUUAGAAUGCGCACCAGACGUGCUCGUCAUCCAAGGCAGCGACGCCGGGGGCCACGGACUGGCGAAUUCGUCGUCUAUCAUCUCACUCCUCCCCGAAUGUGCGGACGCUUUGGCUGAGAACGGAUUCGGAGAUAUCCCACUCCUCGCCGCGGGGGGAAUCAGCGACGGACGCGGCGUGGCAGCGGCAUGGCAACUCGGCGCCGUGGGCGUGAGUAUGGGGACGCGAUUCCUAGCUACGCCGGAAGCGAAGAUUUCGAAUGGGUAUCGGGACGCGGUGGUAGCGGCUAGGGACGGGGGCGUGAGUACAGCGCGGACGACAGUGUAUGAUCGAGUGAGGGGGACGGCGGGGUGGCCGGAAAGAUAUGAUGGGAGGGGGGUGUUGAAUGAGACGUACUGGGAUGAGAGGGGUGGGAUGGGGGAGGAGGAGAAUCAGAGGUUGUAUAAGGAGGCGAUGGGGCGGGGGGAUGAAGGGUGGGGUGUUGAGGGGAAGGGGAGGAUGACGGCGUAUGCGGGGACGGGAGUUGGGUUGAUAAGGAAGGUGAUGGGUGCUGGGGAGGUGGUGAGGGAGGUGCAGAGGGAUGCCGUGAGGUUGUUGGAGAGGGGGAGUAAGUUGUGA